AAACUAAGUACAGCCACAGGAUGCACUGUAGUGAGGUUUAAUACACACGCCUCGUCAUUUUAGAAACGUAGUGAAAACGCUUGGUAGUGCAGGGUAUUAUGCUGUGUUGUUUUGGUUUUGAUCUGGCUUGAUCACAGCUGAGUGGAUGUAGCCAACUUGGAUAUUUUUUCGCCGGUUGUUAUAUUUCUUUUUAUAUCUAUAAUUUGGUAUUGAGAAGACUAGCCAGCCGAGAGGUGGUUGCAAGCAACUCAAAGAUGAUCGAGGUGGUGGCCUCCAUGGCACGCGGCCCGGUGUUCCUAACCGGGGAGCUCCUGGAGUGCCUUAUCACGUUCACCAACCCGAUGUCUCAUCUAUCCACCUCCGCUAGCAGUGAGAUGCUGGCAUGGGCCAGUGCUCAGAUCCACUGCCAGUUCCACGCCAGCGAGAGCAGGGUGGCACUGCCUUCUCAGGGGAACAAGCAGGAUGUGCAGGCUGAGAGCGACACAGUGCUCAUUCCCAGCAGAGGAGAGAGGGGGCAGUGUAUCCUUGACACUCCACCAAAGAUCCUUUUCUGUGACUUACGCCUGGAUCCAGGAGAAAGCAAAACCUAUUCCUACAGUGAGGUUGUCCCCUCAGACGGUCCACCGAGUUUCAGGGGGCAGGCGGUGAAGUAUGUGUAUAAGCUGACCAUUGGCUGCCAGAGGGUCAACUCCCCAAUCAAGCUGCUACGUGUUCCUUUCAGAGUACUAGUGUUACAUGGCAUGUCGGAGCCGCAUUUCCUCCAGGACGAGGAAGUGGCCCCCUCAAAUCCCUUCCUGGAUGAGGAGGAGGGGAGCAGCAACCGCAGGGACGGAAGUCUCCUGGAGAAGGCGUUGGACAUGCUGAUGGCCACAACGUCACGCCGCUCCCCCCAUCUUUUCAACAUCACUAACUCACGGGGUAAGGUGGCUAAGUUCUGUAUCUUCAAGAGUGUCUACCGGAUCGGGGAGGACAUCAUCGGCACUUUUACCUUCUCCGAGGGGGAAAUCCCCUGUCUACAGUAUUCUGUUAGUUUACAGUCCGAAGAGGAGGUGAACUCUAUGUACCAGAGGAAGCCAGCUCCACCAUUGAGUGUAACCUCUCAUGGGCGCCACCUAGAGUCUUGCCUGCACACUGCAUCCAGCCACUUCUCCCUGCCCAUACCUCUCAAUGUGACGCCAGGAUUCAGCACUGACAUCAUCACCCUGAGAUGGCGUCUGCACUUUGAGUUUGUGACAUCCAGAGAGCCUGUGGAGUCGCCCACUGUGCUGCAGAACCAAUCAGAGGUUACGAUUUGGACAGGAGCGGACCACGUAGACGUGGACACCUUCAGCUGGGACUUGCCAAUCAAAGUGCUUCCCACCAAUCCGGCACUGGCAGCUUACGUUUCCCAGUUUACAGGGACCAACAGCAUUAACAUUUGAUAUUAAUGUCUGCGUGUGUGAGAGAGUUAGUUAGUGUGUGAGAGAAAGAUGUGUGUGUGCUGUGUGUGUGUGU